UAGCCCAAAAUGGCGGCGGCCAUACCGAGCUGGGCCCCAGUGUGAGCGCAGAUUGUCCGGAGAGACUGAGCGGCCCGACACACCGAGUACUUACCGGUUGUUGAACUCAUUGUUUGGGACCCGGCUGCGAUGGAAUCUCAUGGUGCUGGUGGGGGCAGUAAUGUACCUGCAUUCCUGGCCAAGCUGUGGACUCUGGUGGAAGACCCUGAUACGGACCCUCUUAUCUGCUGGAGUCCAGAAGGGAACAGCUUCCACGUGUUUGACCAAGGUCGUUUUGCCAAGGAAGUUCUUCCGAAGUACUUUAAACACAACAACAUGGCCAGCUUUGUGCGGCAGCUCAAUAUGUAUGGCUUCCGUAAGGUUGUUCACAUUGAGCAAGGGGGCCUGGUGAAACCUGAAAAGGAUGACACCGAAUUUCAGCACCCCUUCUUCGUCCGGGCCCACGAGAACCUCUUGGAAAAUAUAAAGAGAAAAGUUAACAAUUUGGCCUGUGUGAAGAAUGAGGAGGUCAAGGUUCGACAAGACAAUGUCAGCAAACUGAUUACUGAUGUUCAGCUCAUGAAGGGAAAGCAGGAAAGCAUGGACUGUCGUCUGUUAGCCAUGAAACAUGAGAACGAGGCGCUCUGGAGGGAAGUGGCGAGUCUGCGACAGAAGCACUCCCAGCAGCAGAAGGUGGUGAAUAAGCUCAUCCAGUUCCUCCUCUCUUUAGUUCAGUCAAAUCGGAUCCUGGGAGUAAAAAGAAAAAUCCCGCUCAUGCUGAAUGACACUAGCUCAGCUCACCCUCUACCCAAAUACAGUCGUCAGUACUCGUUGGAACCUGUGCAUGGAGCCACCUCGUAUCCUGCUUCUCUGUCGGGGUAUACAGGAUCCAGUCUGUAUGCUACAGACACAUCCCCUGGUCCCAUUAUAUCCGAUGUGACAGAGCUUCCUCAGUCCAGCCCGUCAGUGUCACCGAAUCCCAGUUUGGAAGGAAGAUGCAGUCCAGUGAUUCUCAUUAAAGACGAGCCCCUCACGCCUGACAGUCCCGCGGCCUCCGAGCAGAGUCUUCCAGAACCAGAGGACAACUUCCCAUCUCCUUCCACCUUCAUUGACUCCAUCUUACAGGACAGUGAGCCUAGCGAUGCCCCUCUGGGUGCCCGAGCACGCACACCACCAAAUGCUCCUGAACCCUGUUUAAGUGUGGCAUGUCUAGACAACAUUUCUAGCAGUCGACAGAUGGCUGAGAUCUCUCGUCUCUUUUCCAGCUCCUCUUCCUCACAGCAGGGCAGAACAGAGCCCGGAGGUGAGCUCAAUGAUUAUGUGGAUGCAAUAGAUUCUGGCCUGGAUAAUCUUCAAAAUGUUUUCAACUCUCACAAUUUUAGCGUGGACACCAGUACUCUCAUGGAUUUGUUCAGUCCUUCCAUGGGAGUGCCAGAUCUCUCUCUGCCGGACCUUGAUUCCAGCCUGGCCAGUAUUCAGGAGCUGUUGGCCUCACAGGAGCAGAAGGUCGCAGAGACCGAGGCAAGCCCAGGAGACGCAGGGAAGCAGAUCGUUCAUUAUACUGGUCAGCCACUAAUACUGAUGGAUUCCAGUGGUUCGGAUCUUCCUAUUCUUCUAGAGUUGGAGGGGGACGAAUCGUAUCUCCAAGAGGAGGGGCAGGAUAUCUCCGAGGACCCGACCAUGUCUCUGCUUUCCUGGGACUCCCAGACCAAGCCUGCAGAUUCAGGCAUAUCCUAAACAAAACAGACUACUCCUGGGACCCCUUUGAAUUGUUCUUGUCUGAUUUGCAAUGGUGAUUGCGAGAAUCUUCUCUCCCGGCAGGACUGUCUGAGUUCACAGCCUGAAUGCACAGGUGCACCUUGUUCUCUGCCCGCAGGGCCCCUGCCCCAUAAUGCCAACUCAAGAUGGCCGAUUCCCGGCCCGGAAUUCAUCACGCAGAAUGCUCCAUUUACCUUCCUAUGGAUCUAGCCAAUGAGAUCUCUGCUUUUAUAGUCUCCUGGGAUUGGUUCAUAUUGUUUGAUUCCUCCCCCUGUCCUGCAUCUCUUUUUCCAGCAAUGCAUUAUGGGCACAAGCUGCAAAUCGCAGCUAAUUGAACUUUCUCCAUGCCAGUAUGGCGAAGUGAAUUUGCUGUAGA